UAUUCUCCCGGUCUAAGCAAUUGGUGUGUUGGUGUUCUUUGCAACAAAGAAGUCCCGGAAGCCAUGUGCGUAUAGUGGCUGGCUUUAUAAAAAAUUAAGCUAUUUGUAAGAUCUUACCUGAACUCUACUGCCAGCAGUGUAUUAACCUCACAUCUGUUUGAAUUCGAUUUGCAAAUACUAUGUCAGUAGCAAACGAUUUGAGUGCUGGCGAUUGCAUUGACGCAAGGCGGGGCGAUGGACAAGAGUCAGAGGGUCUCUGUAGUGGCUCUGGUUCUAAGCAGGUGGACACUAGGUAUAGCCUGAGCUACCCUUCUAUUGGCCAAUGUAUCAUCAUCAACAACAAGAACUUUGACAGAAGGACAGGUAUGAAUGUACGCAAUGGCACAGACGUGGAUGCAGGAAAUGUGAUGAAGGUCUUUGGGAAAUUGGGUUAUAAGGUGAAGGUUUACAACGACCAGACAGUGGAACAGAUAAAGCGUGUUCUAACCACAGCCUCUAAAGAUGACCACAGCUGCUCCGCCUCAUUUGUAUGUGUCCUGUUGAGUCACGGGGACGAGGGCCUAUUCUUUGGGACGGAUGCCUCAGUUGAGCUCAAAAGUCUCACUAGCCUGUUCCGGGGUGACCGCUGCACCACACUAGUGGGGAAGCCCAAACUUUUCUUCAUCCAGGCUUGCAGAGGUACUGAACUGGAUGGGGGCAUUGAAACGGACAGCAAUUCAGUUGGGAGUUUGACCAGGAUCCCUGUGGAAGCAGAUUUCCUUUAUGCCUUCUCCACAGCACCAGGCUACUACUCCUGGAGGAACACGCAAACUGGUUCCUGGUUCAUCCAGUCAUUGUGUGAGAUGAUCAGCAAGUACAGCAAAGAACUGGAGGUCCAACAUAUUCUGAUUCGGGUCAACCACAAGGUGGCCACAGAGUUUGAAUCUGUAUCAGUCUCUCCCACUUUCGAUGCCAAGAAGCAGAUUCCUUGCGUCGUAUCAAUGCUGACCAAAGAGAUGUACUUUACUCCCUUAUAGGAGAAAAGUAUGAAGCAGCAUCUUGUUUGCCUGGUCCCAUUUGUUUUUGUAUUGUUUUUCAAGCUCUUAUUGUCAUAUGAGUGGAAAGUGGGAACAAGCAGAUCUGGGAUCAGUCUAGUGGAUAUCUGAGUCAGGUCUAUGGAUGUUUUUUUUCUUCUUUUUUUUCCAUUUUGGGUGUGUAUUGUAUUAGCUGUAUUUUUUAUCACCACUUUGGAAUUGCUAUGACUAAAGUUGGACCUGGUUUAAACUUAUAGGCCUUUGUAUCAAAUGUUAUGUUUGAAAUCUCUCUUACACUUUCAGUCUGUUGUCAUGUAGAGUGCUGUCGACACUUCAAGGUUUGGAUAAGGUCAGGAUUCAUUUCAGUCAGCUGAAGAAGUGAAAAUAUUGUCCCACUAUAAAUGACAUUGAGUUUAUAAGUACUUCACAAUGUCUUUGUAAGCACUACAAAAGUUGUAAAACUUGUGCUUUAUAAAUGGUUCAUAAACAUGGCAUAAUUGUGUAAAAUUAAUACAAAUGUAUUUGUAUGACAUUAUGCAGUAUGGUAAAUAUGACAUGAACCUGUGCUCUAUAAAUGGUAGCAUACGCACUGUUUUAAUAAACACUUCGUCAAUAAUAUUCAAAUAAAGUUCCACAAGUUAUUAAUACAUGUAAAUGUUCAUGAAAUGCCAUCAUAGUGGUUUUCAUUCUCAGGAACCACCAUUGUAAUGUAUUUAUAAGCUCAACAUAAUUUAAAGUGGGACAAAAAAAUCACAAAACCUAGAUUUCACAGAGUUGAAUUUUUGUUGUUUUCAGAAUAUACAGAUUGCAUUGAUGAUGGACUUCACCCACAUUUUUGUUCUUACUGAAUUAUCCCUUGUGUUAUGUUUAAUAGAGGAUAAGUACAAAUAUUUUUGUUGUUGAUUGGAGGGUUAGCAAGUGGUAAUCACAUCAUGGAAAUGCAGCUUGUUCACAAGCAACCAGCAAUUCUUACUCAGGUUUCUCAUAGUUAUAAUUUUUCUCCCCAAGUUCUUGAUAUCCAAUUGAAAUUAUGGCGUUGUCUCAUUGCAGCUCUUCCCAUUGUUAUUUUUUACCAU